GCAGAUGGAUGGAAGAAGGAUGCACGUCUUCCUAUUUUCCACCGGAUGAUGUCAAUGUUUGGCGUACUCCCUCCGCGUGCGGAUGAAGUACACAAGGCAGCACCCGGCGAAAAAAUCCCUGUUUUUAGCGAAUUGAACCAACUUGUUCACCUCGCACCGCCCGUUUUCCUGCCGUUUGUUGCGAGGCAUCUAUAUUACCACUAUGUCAGCCAUGACAUGGGAAGCCCCUGGGUGGUGUGGUUUUUGAUGUUUACGUAUACGAUGCUGUUUGGCAUGAGUUCCGUGCUCUAUAUGAACAGGCUAGUCAGGAGGUAUGGAUACUUGGAUGGAGAUGUGGGACGUGACACACUUCCCUACAAUUUGAUUCCAAAGGUUAUAUUUGAAAUGGUCUCUGCAUCAAUGCUGCGUCCCGCGCUAGUCGUACUUGCAUGUUAUGACCCUACCGAGGUUCCAACGUUGACCAUUUGGCUUCCUGUCCAACUUUUCUUGCUCACCUUGACAGAAGACUUUUACUAUUACUGGGGGCACCGCCUUUGUCACGAAGCAGAGAGCGCGUGGAAAAUCCACCGUCUUCACCAUACUACCAAGCAUCCCACCACAAUGCUGUUGGCAUACGCGGACGAGAUCCAGGAGGUAUUUGACAUUGUCGGGGCGCCCACGUUGAGCUGGCUUACGUGUCCCUUUGGAUUCGACGUUACAAUCGUUUGGAUGCUGGUUCAUUUGCAUCUCCAACUUGGUGGCCAUUCUGGGCUUCGUCUGCAUGUGGGUUCCGUCCUCACGGGCCCUUUUCUGAGACCAUUUGGCUGGGAACUAGUCGUCGAAGACCAUGACCUUCACCACCGCCAUGGUUGGAAAGAUUCGUACAACUACGGCAAACAGUCCCGUUUCUGGGACAAUUUGCAUGGGUCCGCUGGUGACCGUAUCGAAGGGCAAGGGAGCAAUUUGGAUUGGAACCAUUACGUUUCUAUGUAA